AGAAAAUCUGUUAUUAUCUAUAGUCACAGACAACAAUGGCAGGUAGUAAAAACAAGUUAGUGUACAGUUCUUAUUCUUUGUAUCCAAACUUGUUAAGGUUAGUUUUCAUCAUCGUCAUCAUCUCAGUAUCGGGCAGUAGUCACGAAGUUUCUAACUCUACUGCCGUCAUCAAAUAUCUUCCUGGUUUUUCCGGUCCUCUACCGUUCUACUUUGAAACAGGGUACAUAGGAGUGGAUGAGAAAGAAGAUGUUCAGUUAUUUUACUACUUUGUCAAGUCAGAGAGAAAUCCCAUGGAGGACCCCGUAAUGCUCUGGCUGACCGGAGGCCCUGGUUGCUCUGCUUUCAGUGGUCUUGUCUAUGAAAUCGGUCCUCUGAAGUUCGACGUCGUGGAAUAUAAGGGCAGUUUACCCACUCUGGUGCAAAACCCGUAUUCAUGGACAAAGGUUGCAAGCAUUAUCUUUUUAGAUUCACCGGUGGGUACUGGAUUCUCAUAUUCAAGAAGCCAACAUGGUUGGAUGACAAGUGACCUAAAGUCUGCUAACCAAGCUUACCAGUUUCUCAAGAAGUGGCUGAUAAUUCACCCGGAGUUCACCUCCAAUCCUAUAUAUAUUAGCGGUGACUCGUAUUCUGGCUUACCUGUUCCCGUCAUAGUCCAACAUAUUCUAGAUGGAAAUGAAGCGGGGCACAAACCGUUCAUCAACGUCAAAGGAAUCGUUCUUGGCAAUGCUGUAACAGAACCAACUCUCGAGGGCAAUUCCAAAAUCCCAUUUGUUCAUGGAAUGGGUCUAAUAUCUGAAGAACUUUACGAGUCGCUUAAGAAAACUUGUGAAGGAGAGUACACAAAUGUAAGCCCUUCCAAUACAUUAUGUCAACGGGAUCUUAACUCUUACUAUCAGUAUAUUUUAGGAAUUAAUACCGUCCAAGUUUUGGAACCUGCAUGCUAUUCUAUUAUUGCGCCUGCGAAUUCGGAGAAAAUUACAACAUAUCGAAGAUCUAUGAGCGAAAAACAUUCAAAGUGGCCAAUUCAAAUGGAUCAAGAUCCUCAAUCUCCUGUAUUAGCAUGUCGGUAUAAAAAUAUUCAGAGCUAUGGUUAUUUGCUCUCGUCUUACUGGAUUAACAACGACACUGUACGGGAAGCUCUACAUAUCCGCAAUGGAACAGUAGAUAAUUGGAAAAGGUGCAACUAUGGAUUACAAUUCGAACCCAAUCUUGGGAGCAGCUUUAGCUAUCACGUAAAUCUCAGCAAAAGAGGUUCUCGGUCUUUAAUCUACAGUGGAGAUCACGAUAUGGUAGUCCCACACUUGGGUACUCAAGCAUGGAUACGGCUACUAAACUAUACCAUUGUUGACGAUUGGAGAUCAUGGUGGGUCGAUGGCGAAGUUGCAGGAUAUACAAGGAAGUACUCAAAUGAAAUGACAUUCGCGACUGUGAAGGGAGGAGGUCAUACAGCUCCAGAGUAUAAACCUAAGGAAGCCCUUGCAAUGUUCAAGAGGUGGAUUGAUAGUGAACCUGUAUGAAUGUGAUAAACUUCGAAACAAAGCAUUCUGCAUAUAUAUGUUUGUUGGUAUACUGUUUUCGAAAACAAACUAGAAAUUACAAGUAUAGGAGCAUUGUGUAUUUGUUCAUGUCGGCUUGCUCCUUGCACACAGUUAAUAAAGCAGGACUAAUGAAUAUUGUAAUCUUUAUUUUAUGUACUGUGAAUCUGUGAUUAAAAAAAUACAACUUGGACUUGUGCAUUAUAGUACUGUCCUUGGGAGUCUAGACAAUGUCGUGGAGUUGAUAUCUAGAGAUUCUAGACUUGGAUUUGCGUAACAUAUAUACUUACGAGUCUUAAACUAUGUAUUUUGCGUUAGUCGGCUUUCAGACAAAAUUAGCUUCGCAAGUUCAUUUUCUAAAACUAAAAUACUUCAAAGAUUUCAUAAAA